CUCAACGUUGUUGCCUCUCUCAAACACAAACUAAAAUCCUUCUUCUUCUUCUUCUCUCUCUCUCUCUCUCUAAGAUGGGGUUAUGGCAUGUAAUGGUGUUGGCGCUAAUUAUGGCGUUUUGGAACCUAAAGGGUUCAGAAGGGAUCCGAUUCGUUAUAGACAGGGAAGAGUGCUUCUCCCAUGAUGUCAAAUACGAGGGUGACACCGUUCAUGUUUCCUUCGUUGUUAUUAAGGCUGAUUCUCCCUGGCAUUACGGUAACGACGGUGUUGAUCUCGUGAUAAAGGGACCUUCUGGUGAACAAAUUCAUGAUUACCGUGACAAGAUCAGUGAAAAGUUUGAGUUUGUGGCUCACAAAUCAGGUGUCCACAAAUUCUGCUUCAACAACAAGUCUCCUUAUCACGAAACCAUCGAUUUCGAUGUACAUGUCGGACACUUCUCUUACUUUGAGCAACAUGCCAAGGAUGAACAUUUCAACCCUUUGCUGGAGCAGAUACAAAAGUUGGAGGAAGCUCUUUACAACAUUCAGUUUGAACAGCAUUGGUUGGAGGCACAGACUGACCGCCAAGCAAUAGUGAAUGAUGCAAUGAGCAGAAGAGCAGUACACAAAGCAAUUUUUGAAUCAGCAGCACUAAUUGGGGCAAGUGCACUACAAGUCUACCUUCUGCAGCGAUUAUUUGAACGAAAGCUUGGAACCUCCAGAGUUUAAAACUAAGAUAGGAUAUAUCGUUUUGGACCCUGUAAUAUUAGAAAUGAACACCUUUUAUUUUGUUCCAUCUUAUGGAUAUUUCUAUUUCUAGAUAUUCACUUCUUCUUAAUACUUUGGAAACAUGUUAUUUAUUUUGAUCAAUACAGUAGAUUCUUUGCAAAAUUACAAAUGACAAUCAUCGAUGCUCCCUUCCAAUACACAAUAAUACUCUAAUC